AUGUAUAAAUUCAUAACAUUCGUGGUAAUUUCCCAAGCUAGUUGUUUAACAGUUAUAUCGAUGGUUAAUCAAAAUUUAGCUGAAAUAAUUCGAAAUUCAAAUGCCAGUAUUGUAAAAUAUCCUGAACGAAGUGCUGAAUGUUUUAACGAUUAUACAACACAAUUGACAAAUCUAACAAAUGAAUUUGAAGCGAACUAUACCCGAUGUGUUGAAAUUUCGAAUAAUGCCACGCAAUGUUUACAUCGACAAAUUGUACCAGAUUUGGACAGAGUGGAUCGAAUGAGAGAUGAAAUAUGUUCGGGAUUGUAUGGCUGUCGUCGAAAUGAAUCUCUGCCAUAUGGUUAUUUUGAGUGUAUGAAUAAUGCGUCUGAAGCAGCAAUACCCAUUUCGUAUUCUAUACAAUCUCUAUCACGAGAUCGAAUGCAAUAUUUAUCUUUAAAGUAUGAAGUAAUUAGAUAUAAUGAAUAUAUUUGUACGGAACAAUGUUCCCGGACAUAUAUGCAAGGUGCCGCUGAUCUACGUGAUGAAUUGGAGAGGUGUUUGAAUGGUGAAAAUGUGCGAAAAAAUAAUGGUUUAGUUAUAGGAGAGAUAUUAUAA